AUGGUAGACCUGUCAGAGACCGAUUCAGGAAACGCUAGACUCGUUAUUUUGAAUAAUCGACUUUAUGUCAAAGGAUUCUAUGGGGGCAUCAAUACUCGUACCCAGGCUGCGAUGGCUGCUGUUUAUGGUGCUCUAUUGACAAGCACUGAACCGUUGCCCGAUAUUGACUUUGUCAUUCAGACAUCCGAUGCUGGGUCAGGCUCGCAUCCACGAUUUGCCCUUGAUCGCGAGGAGGGUCAAAGGAAUCUGUGGUUGAUGCCAGAUUUCGGAUUCUUCUCUUGGCCAGAGCCGGGAGUUGGCGCUUACUCCGAGGUAAGAAGCAAGGCUCUUGAAUAUGAGCACAGUUUAGGUCUACGUUUGGACAAUCAUCUCAACGUUCUACAUGAUAGCUGGGAGAACAAAACUCAAAAGCUGUUUUGGCGCGGUGCACCAAUGGUGGAAGUCAGGCAUGAUCUCCUCCGAGCCAGCAAGGAUCAAUCUUGGGCUGAUGUAAAGGAGUUGAAUUGGGGAGCCGUCAAUCAAGAUGAGGAUGAACGGAAGCAGAACAAUGGUGAUCUUAGAACUCCCGCGGAACACUGUCAGUAUGCGUUCUUAGCGCAAGUGGAAGGAUGGGCAUAUAGUGGUCGAUUGAAAUAUCUCCAACAAUGUCGCUCGGUUAUCGUCGCUCACCCUCUUCGUUAUAUCCAACAUUACCACCAUUUGUUCAAUGUUAGGGAUGACGAUCCCGAUCAGAACAUGGUAGAGGUCCCUUUACCUCUUGAGGAGAAUCUGGCGGAGGUAAUGGAAGGUUUGAUAGAUCCGCGAAACGUGGAGAAAGUUCGCCGGAUAGCGGAUAAUAGUUGGAAAAUGAUGAGAGAGGGAUACAUCAGCCCAGCCGCGAACGAUUGCUACUAUCGAUAUGCGCUCAGAGCCUACGCCUCAGUGCAGACUUUCCAACCUUCGCUAGAGGGUAAAGCAGUACCCUAUGAAAGUUUUGUGCUGAUGGGGACCACUCAAUGGGAUCCUCACUAA